AUGACUCUCGCUGUUGAUCUUCUUAACCCAUCUGCCGAGCAACAAGCUCGUUGCCACAAACUCAAACGUUUGGUUCAAAACCCAAACUCAUUCUUCAUGGACGUCAAGUGCCCAGGUUGCUUCGCUAUCACAACAGUCUUCUCUCACGCACAAACCGUUGUCGUUUGCUCAUCUUGCGCUCAAGUUUUGUGCCAACCUACCGGUGGUAAGGGACGAUUGACAGAGGGCUGCUCUUUCCGUCGCAAGAACUAA